GCAAACGAUAUCACGUGACAUCAAGGAAACUUUUAGAGACAAAAUGGCGGACUCUGCUGAGCGUCGUUUCGAAGCAGCAAUCAACGUUGUGAAAUCUAUGCCUAAAAAAGGGGCGUACCAGCCGUCCUAUGACACCAUGUUGAAGUUCUAUGGUUAUUUCAAACAAGCCAAAGAAGGGGAAUGCAGAGACACAAAGCCUGGGUUUUGGGAUGUCAUCAAAAAAGCAAAAUGGGAGGCGUGGUCAGCACUUGGAGACUUACCUAAGCAAGAUGCUAUGGAAUGCUAUGUCAAUGAAGUGAAAAAGGUAAUGGAAGAAAUCCCAGAGAAUGAAGAAAUGGCAGACUUUAGUCUUGUUCUGAAAGAAUUUUAUGAAACUGUAUAUGAACCUGUGGGAGAGGAUCCUCCACCAAUGCUAAGAAUCUUUAAAAAAGAUGACACUUUGAUAAACUCUGGUGAUUUCACAGCCAACUCAAUAAAUGAUCAAGAGCAAGGCAAUAUGGAAGGUGAUGAAUCAAUACCAAAUGGACUACAGCUUAUCUCAGAUAAGCAUUCAAAUGAACAACAUCUGAUAUCAGGGCUGGUUAAUGGGAACAGAGACAAACUGUCCAAUGUUGAUGGUAUUUCUGUUCCUAUGAAAGCCAUUGGUACCAAUCAUGAAUAUACAACCACUGAUACCUCUGACAGGGGUGCUCUGAAUGAGGAGGAAACAUCAGAUGGAGCUGAUUGUCAAAUUGUACCAGCAACUGAUAUAUCAGUGGAGGAGCCCCAACCUUUGUACAUAUUUGAAAUUGGAUCUAAGGGAAGACCAACUGAGAGCAAUGACAGUGGAUUUCAAAGUGACCAACAUGGAAGAGAAAUUGCCACCAAUGAGACAGUUCCAGAACUGAAGCCACAAAGGUCUGAUGUUGCACUUUAUGACUAUCAAGGUGUGAUUACAAGCGAUGAAAGUGAUGAAGAAUUCUGUGACUCCCUAGAUCCAGAGCAUCUGAGCAACCUUCAGAAUGGUCACUCUGAUGUUGGUGUAACCAACAUCACAGAAAUAAAAGAAUUGGAUUCGUCAAAUGGUUCAUCAGCCCUCUCAUCUAACUCCCCAUUGACUGAUUCAGAGGAUUCUAGAUUUGACAUUCCGGUCACUGCAACAGCUAGUCUACUAACAAGUACUCCAUUUACUACUAAGCAUGCAGCUCAUGUAACUUUUGCAGACCAAGUUGGGUUUAAUGAAGAUAACCUUACAGAGAAAGAAAUGAUGAGAAAUGGUUACCCAGUUACAAGGCAAGAUUUAAAAAACAAUGGGAACGUUGUUCAUAAUGUAAAUGGGAUGCUAAAGGCAACUGGAGGUAUACCUAAACAGAGGGGUGGAGGAACCAGUCCUUCUAGACAGUUCAACAAACAAGCUGACAACCAACAACAACAACAACAACAGGGACAGCAGUCCAAGGCCGUCAGGAAUCCAGGAGCUGUGGCAAAAGGGGGAAAGCCAAAUCUCCAAAGGUUAAAAGACUACAGUGACAGCGACAGUGAUGAUGAUGAGAAGAACGAGAGCAUGACAUCAUCUGUUGACAGAGAUGAAAUCAAUGAGAGAAUACUAGCUGCCCUAGAAGGCCUCCAAAGGGACAUGCAGCAUGUUCUCAGGCAAUUACAAGAUAUGGAGCACCGUACAUCUAACACAAAUGACACAUCUUUAAUUAACAGAGCCCAGCAGUGGUGGAAGCAGUACAUCCCGUCCAAAACAGUAUUGUUUCUGGUAUUGUGGCCAUUCGUUAUCAACAUCUUAUUUCAUUACUACAGAAAGCGGAGGAUUCUAAAGAAAACCUGAAAUAAUCAGAAGAAUCAUAAUAAUAUUUGAUACUGUUUUAAAGUAUUUUUAUUGUCCAUAUAACAACAUUGAAAGGUCAAACCUUUAUCAAGUUUAGACAAUUAGAAUUAAUGUUUUUAAAAAACAUGAAAACAUAUUCAAAAUUUACACAUGCAUUAUUCUUUAUGUAAAGUAAUGCACUGACAAUAUAUCCAUAGCAGUUGUCUUCAUAUUUUUUAUGAAUAUUUUCCAUUUAAAUCACAAAUUUAAUAAACAUAUUAAGCAGA